AUGUCGCAGUCGCCGCUUGCGCGCAAGCGCAAGUCACUGACAGCAUUCUCGCGCGCGCCGUCGCAGCUCUCUCGCUCCGUCACAGCCUCGGCUUUAGACGAGGUUGCGAGUCCGAGCUCCAGUCCAUCUCGGCCUUCCUCGGACCAGAAUGCAUUUGCGACACCGCCCAGAGAGCGGCGCAGUCGGCGUGAGCGCGAGUCACUUCCCGAGGCGUCCUUCCGUGAAUCACCGCGCGACUCAGUGCGUGACUCGUCGCGUCGCUCCACCCUGGGCUACUCGCCAACUGGGACGCCGACACCUGCCCCCCGCCCCCACCGUAUCGUGUAUUCGCCGUACGCGACGCCGCCAGCGGGCCUGAGUCGCUCCUCCUCAAUCCCGUUCAACAUGGCAGCGUCUUCCGAGGCCGCGCGCAAGACCGAGGAACGCCUCCGCGCGGCGGUACCGGGGGGAACACCGAAGAAGCCGCGCUAUGUUCGCCGCAGGCCCCUUUGGAAGCGAAUCGUUGAAUCCCCGGGAAACGCACUCGACACGGCGCUCUUCCACGUCCCAACUAGCGUGGAGGAGAUGCUCCCACCCGCGAGAUGGGCCAACCCCCUCGCGCUUGCGUUUUACGUUGUGCAUUGGCUCCUGCUUGCGCCGCUGCGCGCUGUCAAGCCCGACGCGGUCCUCAAGGGCGAGCGUGGGGUUGUAGAUUCCAUCGGGAAUCGGUGGGAGCGGCGCGAAGCUGGGGCGCGAUCCGGCGUCGCUGGCACCCGAGUGGCCUUUCUCUACACCUUCCUCCUGCUUGUGCUUGCUGGUGCCAACGCCGCCUGGCUUUUCACCCGGUACCGCACAUACGACAUGCAGUUGCGCUCGGGCAAGGAUCCUCUGCGUUCGCCACACGCGUCUCCUGUUCCUGCGCCCAAGGUACGCCCGGCCGACGGUCGCCCCGAGGGCCUGCCCGCCGCCGACGAGGCGCCUUUGCAGAAGGUCGCGCGCCUCGUGGGAACGGGUCUCUGGGCGCUGAUCAAGUGGGCCUACCGCUCGAUACUCGGUGCCAUCGGUGCGCGCCCGCCGUCCACAAUCACCGGUAUGGCACGUGGCGACAGCAUCCAGAGCCUGCGGGUGUGGGACCCGCCCGAGUUCUGCCUUGCUUUCUUCUGCGCGAUGCCGCCUGGCGCGCCACUCAUCGCGUACUUCCUUACCAGCCAGCACCCGUUCCUCACCCCGCUCAUCCUCGCCGUCGCGGCAGCCGUCAUGUCCCAUCUCGCCGCCUGCUUCACCCAGCUCAUCAAGGACCGAAUGCUCUUAUCGGCAGAGGUCAUGCGCGAAUACGACCAGCGCUUCGUGUACAAGCGCGUGUUUGCGCCCAUGGUCGACCGCGGCGUUGGCACGUCGGAUGCCGUCAUGCUCCCCUAG